CGGCACCGAGCCGGCUGGGACAGCUAGUGACAGGGUGACUAGAUACCCCACACCCCUCAGUAAAGUAUAAUUACCCCGCCUGUGAAGCAUGGUGCAGAUUCUGGUGUCCAGGGGUGCCCAGGGGGAGCCCGAAGAGUGGCUCCUGAUGGAGCUGCAGGGUGAGAUAGAAGCUCGCAAGCAGGAUGGUCUCGCUGGGAAGCUAAUGGGAGACCUGCAUUACACCAAAGAGGGUGUUCCCCUGCUGAUUAUCGGACAUCACAUUCUGUAUGGGAAGGUAGCGCGACUGGAGAAGCCAUUUGCUGUACUGGUGAAGAGUACCCGUGCCUCUGUACCGGAAUCUGGACUUGGCACGGAGAAGUUGGAUACAGAGUAUCACGUGACAGCCCUGAUCAAGAAGAAAAUUAUCUUUAAAACACGACCAAAACCCAUCAUCACAAAAGUUCCAAAGAAGGUGUAAGGAAUACAUUGCAGGCCUAUCACUGGAAACAUUGUCAUUCAGUCACCAAACUGACAAUCAUUAAACUACACUCUUUACUCCAUCUUUGUUAAUGCACUAAUGUACCAUCAAGAUGUAACCACUAUAGGUGCAUUUCUAAACAAAUGGGUGAUGGAGAACAGUUUUCUCGUUUGAACAAAUUUUCUGUUUCUCUUUGGACUUCUUUAUUUAAUUCGGAAAUUUUCUAAGAGCGUUGCCAAAGCUGAGAAAUACAGUGACACAAUUUCUGUAUAUAUUAGAGAUAUAGUUUUUUGUUAUUGCACUAUAAUUUUGUUCUCAUUACUCAGUAAUAUUAAAUACUUGUUGAGAA